CCCAUGCAGACUGGGAAAUGUAAUCGGGUUACCCCGAGCCCCUGCCUCCGGAGCCCGGGAAACCCCUGCGCAGGGCCCGGGCCCCCGUCCGCAACAAUGAGCGAUACAAGACGGCGGGUGAAGUUGUACGCGCUCAACGAAGACCGGCAGUGGGACGACCGGGGCACUGGCCACGUCUCGUCGUCCUACGUCGAGAAGCUCAAGGGCAUGUCGUUGCUCGUGCGCGCCGAGUCUGACGGGUCUGUGCUACUGGAAUCGAAAAUUAAGCCCAACACGGCUUAUCAAAAGCAGCAGGACACACUCAUCGUGUGGUCUGAAGCAGAAAACUACGACUUGGCUCUCAGUUUCCAGGAGAAAGCUGGCUGUGAUGAAAUAUGGGAGAAAAUCUGCCAGGUGCAGGGGAAGGACCCCUCGGUGGACAUCACCCAGGACCUCCUGGACGAGUCGGAGGAGGAACGCUACGACGACAUGCCCGAGGCGGCGCCCGCGGUGGAGCUGCCCCCGUGCGAGCUGGGCCGGCUCGUCGACAUCGCCGAGCUCGUGUCCACGUCGCUGGCCAUGCCCGUGCGACGCGAGAAGCUCAUGCUCGUGCUCGAGACGGAGGGCUACAUCAAGAAGCUCCUGGAGCUCUUCCACAUGUGCGAGGAUCUGGAGAAUACCGACGGCCUCCACCACCUCUUCCAGAUCUUCAAGGGCAUAUUUUUGCUCAACAGCACGGCCAUCUUUGAGGUGAUGCUGUCAGACAGCUGCGUGAUGGACGUUGUUGGCUGCUUGGAGUACGACCCCUCGCUCCCGGAGCCCAAGAGGCACCGGGACUUUCUGAACACGACCGCCAGGUUCAAGGAGGUCAUCCCCAUCUGUGACCCCGAGCUGAAGCAAAAGAUCCACCAGACGUACCGGGCGCAGUACAUCCAGGACGUCAUUUUGCCGACGCCGUCGCUUUUCGAGGAGAACCUCGUGUCCUGUCUCAGUUCGUACAUUUUCUUCAACAAAGUGGACAUUGUAAAGCUUCUCCAGGAAGAUGAAAAGUACCUUACAGAGCUGUUUGCACAGCUGACAGACGAGGCCACUGAUGAUGAGAAGAGGAGAGAGCUGGUAAACUUUUUAAAAGAGUUUUGCGCGUUCUCGCAAACGCUUCAACCUCAGGAUAGGGACAACUUCUUUAAGGCCCUGUCCUGUCUGGGCAUCCUGCCGGCCCUGGAGGUGGUGUUGGGGAUGGACGACGCCCAGGUGCGCAACGCCGCCACGGACAUCUUCUCGUACAUCGUGGAGUACAGCCCGUCGAUGGUGCGCGAGUUCGUCGUCCAGGAGGCGCUACAGAACGACGAUGACAUCCUGCUCAUAAACCUGAUCAUUGAACAGAUGAUCUGUGACACAGACCCAGAGCUGGGCGGAGCGGUGCAGCUCGUGGCGUUGCUCAGGACGCUCAUCGACCCCGAGAACAUGCUCGCCACAGCAAAUAAAACCGAGAAAACGGAGUUUCUGAGCUUCUUCUACAAACACUGCAUGCACGUGCUCACCGCGCCCCUCCUGGCAAACACUGCCGAGGACAAGCCGGGGAAAGACGACUUCCAGACGGCGCAGCUGCUGUCGCUCACGCUGGAGCUGCUCACGUUCUGCGUGGAGCACCACACGUACCACAUCAAGAACUACAUCAUGAACAAGGACCUGCUGCGCAGGGUGCUGGUGCUCAUGAACUCGAGGCACUCCUUCCUUGCUCUCUGCGCGCUGAGGUUCAUGAGGAGGAUAGUGGGCAUGAAGGACGAGCUGUACAAUCGUUACAUCAUCAAGGGCAACCUCUUCGAUCCGGUCGUCCGGGCCUUUCUGAACAACGGCUCGCGCUACAACCUCCUUAACUCCGCAGUGAUUGAGCUGUUCGACUUCAUCAGGACGGUGGGUGACUUCGACACAGAGGACAUGAAGCCUCUCAUAAUGCACAUAGUGGAGAACUUCUACAAAGGCUUCGAGGACAUCGAUUAUGUGAACACCUUCAAGGGACUCAAGAUGCGCUACGAACAGGAGAGGGAUCGAAUGGAGACGCCCAAGGCGGACAGCACAACGCCGCUUCUGCGCAACCACCGGUUCCGGAGAGACAUGCGUACCCUGGAGGAGGAAGAGGAGAUCUGGUUUGACGACGAAGACGAGGUGGAGGACGAGGAAGCGGUCGUUCCUCCGUCGGAGAAGACCAAGAGCGAAGAGGACUUCAUCGACCACCUCGGGAAGUUCAUAGAGAGGAAAAAAGCCAAGGACAAUGAGGACACGGAUCUGCUCGCCAAACCUUCCGUCGCGCCGGCAGCUCUGGGCACCAAGCCCGAGUCGCCGGUGCUAAAGCUGUCGCUGUCCGUGAACGCCGCUCCCUCGGCCGGUCUGGGCCCAAUGCUGGGCCUGAGCCUGAGUCCUAGUGCCAGUGGCGCUGGUGGCAGCGCCGGUGGUGGUGGCAGCAGCGGGGUCACGACGGCGCUCUGCUCCGAGAAGCCGUUAUCCCCGCUGGGCGGCUCCUGCAGCGGCACCGUCGGAGGGGGGGCACUGUCGCCCACGGCGCCGCUCAGCCCAGCCUCUCCCGGCGCCGUCUCUAGCAGCGUCGCAACCAUCUCCAUCAGCGCCAAGCGCGGCCUUGUGGGGCUGGUGGAUUACCCCGACGACGAGGACGACGAAGAGGAGGAGGAGGAGGACGACGACGAGGAGGAGGUGAACGAGACACCGCCGUCUAAGAGAGCGCGCCUGGAGUCGUAGACUUGGCUGCCACCCACAAACUCUCCCGUGGGGGUGGUGGGGGCCUGGCGGGGGGGGUGGCUACCAUCGCAGAUGCGGGGAGCGCCUCCGCAAGGGCCGCCUGCCCGCCCCCCGCUCUCGGACACGACGGCCGAGCGCGGUGCCGGUGCGCCCGCCACAAUCUAUUGCCAAGUGUCCCCCACGGGGAUUGUUUCACAGCCGUCCGUCCACCAAGCCCAGCCAGAGGUUUCGCCGUUCCUGGUCUUGUCCUAAUUGUCGUUGUCAUCGUCGUCGUCGUCGUCGUUUUUUUCCCCCCCUCCGACUGGCGUGAACGUCCGCGUGACGCCGCUGCUUGGCCCGGGAAUUCCAGCCGCAGGCCCCCGACUGGCGGCGCUGCUUGCUGCCGCUGGCGGGCCGCGUGCCAAGACGUUCAGCGGCGGGGGUGCGGUGGGCAGCUUGAGGCUGGUCGCUGUUACGGCCGCCUUAGAGCUUCACCGUUCCGCGGUUCUCAAAACUCAGGGGAUUAAUGUGCGGCAUCGUCGACGGCUUCACAUUCGACAGACCAGCCUGAUAGCUGCGUAGCCUUUCCCUGAUUAACACGCAGACAGCCUUCCGCUGCCGUGACUCUCAGACCGUGCGGAACGGUGUUCCGUGUUUUCAGAAUCUGAUGGGACGAUCAGAGUAAACUUUUGCUUCAACCAACAAACAAAGGGGUUUUGCUCUAACCCCCCCCCCCCGUGAAGGAUUUUUUUUUUAUCGCUCAUGGCCCAAAAACUUGAAGCGAUAUCGGGUUUGAAUGUUUUGUGGUCGUACAGGCAAGACCAAGAUGUGUGCUUCGGUGGAUGUGCGAGCGUGUUGCGGUUUGUUUUUAAAAGGCUUGACGUUCACUGCUCUCACAGCCUCGAUAAUUGCUGUGGCAAUAACUGAUUUAUAGGCAAGCACACUUUAGGCUACCUCUGAAUUUUUUUUUUACUUAAGUGGUGGCCAUCAUAAAAGGGUUAUUUUCCACACGUAAAAGCGGAAUGUGUAGAAAUUUAGUGUAGUAGCAAGUGUAAGGCUCUCACAUAUUUGAGGGUUAAAUGAUUUCUGUUUUUGUAAAACCUACUUCGAAUCAACUUAUUGCAACAGCUUUUAUCUACACUUUGAGCUGAGCGAUUGUGAGCCCUCCCCCCCCUCUCCCCCCGACUCUUGAACGCCAUCGGCAAUGAGAUAGCGAGAGAGAGACAAGAGUGAGAUGAGCGAGAGAAGAGCUGUGAUGGGGGAGAGAUGGCCGAAACAGCAUUGUCUCGCCGUGAGCGUUGGCCCGGGAAAUACCCAGCCCUCUGGGAAGAGGCUCUUUGAGUGUCUUUGCCUGAAGAAAGCUUUGAAAGUUAAGCUGGAAAAAUGCCAUAAAUAAAAGCGAGAGAGAGAGAAAGAGAGCGAAACAAAACUUGUAAUCAUAUUUGGCCUGGUCUCUACGUGCAUACAACUUGCAUGGGUUUUGGCGGAGUGUUUGCUGAGAUGGGAGGCAUCGUUUGCCCUGUUGUAAUGAAAUGUGGAAGCUUGGGGGACCACAUAUGUCCGUCCACAACUUGGAUGGCAUUCACUCUUGUCACUUUUACAUGGGUGUAAAGUUUCAUGUGUUCACAUUUAUUAAUGACACAGUUUGUCUUGUUGCCGUACUAUGCCUUGUUAUUUUGUUUCGUUUAAAUGAGUUAAUCGGCGCCGUUAAGAUUCUGGUCUGCGUAACGUGUAUUCAUUGCACAGAAGCAAUAUGACACAUUUGACGUGGGUCGACUGAGAAAAUAUUUAACCUCUUCAGCAACCGCGCGAGAGGCCAGAUAAGAGCUAUUGAACCAUAGCUCGUCACGUGUUUUUAAAGGGAGGGGAAACACCGUAUAAUUGAACAGUGUUACAAAAACAUAAGUUGUAUAAGUAAAACCCAUAUGUUUAUUAUCGGCUUGGAUGUCUCAUUAAAUAUUGUGUCAUCCGGGGCUUAAUUUCUCACUGAAUAUUUUCGGGGUCGCUGGUAGACGACCUGGAGUAGGUGGCACGUGACCAGUAGUCACAGCCCCGACGAGAGGUAACACUGGAUAUUUGACGCGUAGGAUUUUGAAGCCGCUCGUAAUCCCAAACGUGGUCUUAUUGGGUUCGGCUGCACGUUUUGAGCCCUUUCGUCUGUCCACAUUUUGGCGCGAACUACAUAACGGGCACCUUCAGGAGCUGAAGUGAAGGACUCUCACCUUGAUCUCCACCCUGAUUGCACGUUGUCUGAGUUUAUCAUGAAUUAUUUGUCCCUGGGCGUGUCCGGGAAUUCUCCACGCUUCUCCUGGGAAUGUCUGCGUUGUCUGAAACUUGCCAGGGGAACACGCGUGCGCAGGUUAGCGUGUCUGGCAACGUUCUGCAACGGAACGGCCGUUUUCAAGCGACACUCCCCUUCUAUCCGCCCUCCCCUUUUUGAGAUGAAUGUGAGACUCAUUAUCUCGGCGCCCGCAAGAUGCCCGAAAGCCCUCGCGAGAAGAAAUGCUCAACAGGUGGCGGACCACGCGCGGGCUUCCUACUGGGUGAGAUGUCGUGUGCGGCGAAUAUAUUUGUGGUUGCGAGGAGCCCGUACGAACCUGGCCGAAAUUAAGCCCUGGCCUCAUCGUCGUCUUUGGAAAAGCAGGACAAGAUUGUAUUUGCGUGCGUGUGCGCGCGCGUGUGCGGGAUGACCCUCCGCGUUCCUGUUUGCGUGCGGCUCGCGUCCCCUCGACGAUGUGCGGCAUGCUCCCCCGUGACACGUGCUCUGUGUUGGUCGCGUCGACGAUGCUCGAAUCAGGGGGAAGGAAGGGGGUGGGGUGGGGAUGCGCGCGCGCAGGGCUUGUGGGUAAAUCGCUUCACACUUGUCCCCCUAACGCUUGUCGAUGGCCAUGAAAAUCAAUAACGCCAGUUAUUUAAGUCCGACGUGACAUUUUCUGCCUUGUUUUUUGACGUUGCAUUUAAAAUCCAUAGCUCGAGACGGCCUAAUUUCUGUGUUUUGGUGGAAUGGUCAUUUCUGCCCAUAUUUGGUGGGGAGGAAAAAACCCAGCCAAUUUGUUGCUAUUCAGCCACCAAAGGAAAUUCUGCAAUGUCCUCUCCGCCGAUACAUUAAUCGUGCCCUGUGGUCUCGUGUUUCAUCCGGUUUAUAAAAUUUUCCGAUUCCGUUAUUGCAUUUGAAGGAACAUUUUUUUCUUUCCUACUCCAUUGAUCACCAAACUGACUCGACCCGUCGGGAGAGAACAUUCUCGCGCCCUUUACCAAACACAUCGUUGUCGUGCGCCCUCUCGCCCGAGGUCGGCACAGCCACUGCCGCCCACGAUUGCCUCGUGCUGUCUCUCCAUCGUGGCACCCUCGCGCGUGCAACGUCACCGACUCAACUCAAUUCAAAGGAUUCACCGCAUCGGUGACUUGGAGGCGGGGUAGAUCGCCUGGGUUCUGAAAUAGGCUUCCACCCCACUCUGGGCAGUUCCUAGCAUUAGCCAUGCGUCUCCGGACGUCCACCGAUGACAGGACCCGUUGAUCGAGCGAAAAGUAUCCGUCUCUGAUGCCAUGGAUUACCCAUAAUGCCUUUCUUGGAGGCCUGUGUCGACUGAAAAUUGACCGUAAAUUUAUGUUCAUGCACGUGAUUUUAUUAUAAAGAUUCUUAGUUUUGUUUGUAGUCAUUAAAACUUAAUUUUAUGUAGUAUAGGGCCAGUGUUCGGUUGCAACGUCACCUCUUGUGUUCCCUUUGUCAAUCGAAGCAGUGCACGUCCGGGUACAAUAAAGUCGCCCGAGGUUCUCCACUUAGUUCAGAUUUUACUGCGCGCUCGACGUUUUGUGCUGGGAGCGUCUUCACAAACUGAAUCGAUUGAGUUGAAGAGAACUGAAUUCGGUUCAUGAAGGAGCUCCCAGCACGUGGAGCGAAACGUCGGACACGGUGCCGGCCACCACGGUACGACCCUGAAAACGUGUCUGGAGAGCGAUGUACGGGUACGGCACAACCGCGUAAACGUGCAGAAGAGUAGGAAGUCACUCGAGGUUUUGAUGCAACUGACCACAAAUUCGCGUGACGGUAUAAACGGACGGCAACAUCGCUCUGGGCGAGUCGCAGCAUCGGGUGGUGAUUGAGACAACGGUGGCUUCCUUUUCACCAAAAGUCGGAUGAAAAGCAGCAUUGGCCAUCGGCACGUGAUUUGGGGGGGGGGGUGGGACCCGGUGGAAAUUUUGGCUGCGCGCUGGAAUGAAACACGAACCGAUGUGAUCAUCCGGUAGCGAAACUGCUCGCCCUGUCCUCUGCCUGGGGUGCGGAGUUGUAGGGGGUGGUCUGGGAGACGGAAUAGGAAGAGGGGACCUCCCAAAAAGCAAGCAGCUCUUCUCUUGUAGUUGCACACCUAAGGUUGUAUGUCCCAGGCUGCUGGAAUUUGAUCUUGCUGGUCUCUUAAUGAGAUGAAAACAAUUUGAAAUUGGUAAGAUGGUGUCCUUGCGGGCUCGCGCCUGUAUUCCGCUCGGGUGCUCUUGACUGACAUUGUAAAUCUUUUAGUCGCCUCCCAAAGCUUGACGCAUCCUUUGUAAACUUUUACUACGACCAAAUCACCCUGAACCACGCCCGAUCUCGGAGGCUGAAGCAGGGUUUGAGGCUGGCUAUUACUUGCAUGGGAGACUGCCUGGGAAUACCAUGUGCUCUUACAGGCUUGGGUCACACAGUGGCCAGGAGAUGGCAGUACAGCAAUGGAUUCGUGAAUCUACCUGUACGCAUCUUUGUUGCCAUCAUCGGGCACGUUCGACUUCACCAAGUCCUCUCGGUUUGCUCUCGAGUUAAGCCAAACACCGGGUGACGGAAUUGACCAAACGCGCAACCUUCGCAGGACCCUUCUGGACGAGUGGUGGAGCUGCCGAGUGUGCAGGCUGCGCAGCUGCACCGGGGCCCCACAAACAGGAGGGGAGUCUCGGGCACCGGGCAAUGAAGAGUGAGGGAAGUGGGAUGGGGGUGGCUCCCAUUGUUUGGUUCCUGGCACCAGUGCCCAUGCCAAACUAACUGCGCCACUGCUACAGAGUCUUUGAGUCUUGAGGCUUUCCUGGGUAUAGGGCAUUAUUAUUAUUAUUAUGAUUCACAAGUCGAUCGGUUGGUCGCCUGUGGUGGCAUAGCAUUUGUAAACUCUCCCCUCCGCCUGUCUAUCAGAGACCUUUCUGCCAGCAAUGGCGUAAGUCAUUACAGGGGCUGCGGCUUUACCGUUGAGUUUGGUUAUUGUCAUAAUCACCAUUAGCCUGGGACAGCCUGGGUGUGUUAUCUACGGUAUAAGAGACGUCAUGUUUGUAUGGGUUUCUUAUUCCUUUACAAUGGGGGGGAGGGGGGGUCGUGUCGCGCUCACUCAGUCUGCCUGCGUGGUGUUUACAGUUUUGUAUAUUGCCAAUAUCGUCCUCGAGUUUCGGGGGGAGGGGCUAGGUUGGGAGAUCUAUUUCUUUACUGUCGAGCUAGUUUAUGAAUAAGAACCAUUUAUGUUCCAAUGUGUGUGUGGAGGGAGGGGAGGGGGGCGAUGGAAAUUAACAAAGACGAAUAUUGUCAUUUAUUGAUCAUGGUAGUUCAAUAUUUGUUGUGAUUUAAAAGGUUUCUCAAGUUAGACAAUAAAGCUGUGGCCCGUGUAGGA